AUGAACGAGGACGAGGCACGUGACAUUGGAAACGCUUUGAACGCAGUUUCAUCAAAACGGCAUGCAUCCGAUGAAGCUGAUUUCAUAAAUGAUGCUCGCUCAUCGAAACGAGCUCGCCAGAAUUGGUCGUUGUUCGCGAGCCGCGUUCGUCGUGUCGUCAAAGGAUCGCCACCAGAGAUCGGUCGCGAUUUGGUGUUCUUCGAUGUCAUUGAUGGUCAAAUCGCGGGUACGAAGAAUCUCAAAUGGAAAGCGAAUCGGAAUCUCGAUGUCGUGAUGUUCAAUGAUCGGAAGAAUCAGCCGACACUUGAUGAGAUUGCCAAGGGAUUCGACAGAACGGGAAAUGUUCGGAUUUGGGGCGGUAGCGAGGCAUUGGGACACGCGAUAUUAAAACGAGCCAUCGAUUUGAGCGAGACGAACGAUGUCCUCGAACUUGGAGCGGGAUUCCUUGCGAUCCCAUCGUUUUGCUUCACCGCAACAUUUCCCGACGCUAAAAUUUUCAUCAGCGAUGGCAGUGAUGAAGCUUUAAAGAAUCUCGAGGAAGUGAAGAAACUAAAUAACAACACUAACAUUGAAAUUGGAAAAGUUCUUUGGGGCGAGACGAAGCUUGAUCGGAAAUUCGAUGUGAUACUCGCCGCCGAAUGCGUGUUCUUCGCCGAUCAUCAUGAGAAUUUUAUGCGAUGCGUCGAUGAGCAUCUGAAGCCGGAUGGGGUUGUUGUGAUCGCAAGUCCACUUCGGAAGAACAGUCUUGAGCGGUUUUUCGACCAUGUCCGAGAUCACUGGAAAGAGUUCGACAUUGAGUUCGAAAAGGAUAUCAACGAGCAAAUGGCUCAACAAUACUAUGAGACUCGAUCUGAUCCUGACGAGGACGAAUUGAACGCCGCCGUCGAGUUUGGAGUUUUAAAAAUGGCCGACGAGGUUGGCGAAGACAUCGCGACGCGAAACGCCAUUGAUCAUUUGCGUUUCGAGCCUGAUGUGAUCCGACGGAUCUCGGCUCUCGUAUUCGAUACUGUCGUUGAGGACUGGGCGACUGAUCUGGUUGCAUUCGCGAGUCAUGCCGGACGGCAGAAUGUGAAUCUCGACGAUAUUGCACUGUUGACGAGACGGAAUCCGGAGCUCUUUGAAAUGGCUUGUAAAAUGGCGGGCGUGAGGCCGAGUGAUGAGAAAGAGAAGGGCAAAAAAGCGAAGAGCCGGAAGCGCAAGGUGGAAUCGGCGCAAGUUUCGCCAUUCAAUGUUGACGAUGCCAAUACGAGAUCAAGAUCAAAUUCGAUCAAUAGAGCUAGUCCAGUUCCAAUAUCGAUCGAAGCGCCGAAUUUGUCGUUUCUCAAAACGCCGGCAAUCAAGCCGGUCACUUCGACGCCGAAAUCGACGCCGAAUCCCACGUUCACCGCACGCGGCCGACUUUUUUCCGACGACAUUACCCCAAUCCGACCGAACGAGCACAACCAGAAAGCGGAUUUGAUCAAUUUGACCAAGAUCGACGAAGAGGACGAGAUUCAGGAAAUUGUUGAGCCCGACUCGUUUGAGAAUUUCUUUGCGAAACGGGAGAUGCCGACGACAAGCACACUAAAUGGAAAUUUGUCUUCUCUUAUUCGGGACGCCGAAAAAGUAGGCGAUGAGCAGCGGAAUUUGGAAAAUGAGCGGCUGGAAGCGAUGGUCCCUGAUGAUUAUGACUCGUUCGAUGAUGAGAUUAUUGUAGAUAGUGUGAUUAGGCCGAAUGAGAAGCCAUCAUCAAGCAUGAGCACUGCCAAGCAACGAACUAAUAGUCCGGAUCCGUUUGGGAACUCGACGGGCUCGAAUCAGUCUUCAACAUUGACUGAGCAGAAAAACCAACAGACGCCGGCACCGGCUAAACGAAAUUCUGUAUUUUCUACAAAAUUCUCGGCUUUUAGCUUUGAUGAUGAUGACGACUCGUUCGAUGCUCCGAUUCAACAACCGGCGGAGAAGCUGAAAGACGAACCCGCAUCGCAAGACUCGUUUGAUUUUCCGAUUCAGACGACGUCGAAUUCGCAGUCGUCGAUACCGAAAUGGAAAAUGGUUGCCGACAAAUAUGCAGCGAAAACUCCGAAGCAGAAGAAGAAGAGCCCAUCGCCGGUUGCCACGGAAUCGGCGAAGAAGCGAAGUCGGCUUAAUAUUGAAGAUGAUCGUGAUAGUUUUGACGAAUUCGACUUUGGAGUUUAA